AUGACAUCAAGCUCUUUCUUGUCGACAAUUAGGCGGAAGCACUCCCUCUCAAAGAUCAUUAGAGGGAUCUGGCCCUUGGAUGCCGACAUAAACUCUCUUGUCCGCAAGUCUUCUGGCCAAUUUGUCUUUGCCACCACAGUUGUCAACUACGUCACCUCGCGCCGCCACAAUCUAGUCGAACGCCUGAAAGUCGUCCAAGGUCUGGCGAAAGAUAAAAGAAACCCACCCUUCCCCGAGCUGGGUGCAUUGUAUCGUGGCCUCGGAAGACAAGGACCUGCUCCGCAUUCUUCGUCGCUCGAUAUUCUCCUAGGCCUGCCUGAAGGAGUGGUAGAAUUGCUCUUGAGCGAUCUUUCCUCCGUCAUCGCAAUCAGUUCCUUCAGCGAAAUUUCGGAAAUAACAUUCCUUCACGCCUCGUUUCCGGACUUCCUGUUGGACAAACAUCGAUCGAAAGAGUUCUACGUCAACAGCGACAAUAUCAACGCUGCACUGGCACAAGAAUUCAUCGAAUUCAUCUUCAAAUAUCCUGAAGUCCAUUUAGACGAUUGCUGGGACGUUUGUCUUCGCGGACCUGUCCGUUUUUCGCGCAACAUUUCUAAGGAUGCAGUUGCCACUGAUGUCUACGCCGCCAUCGGCGUUCUGGAUCUAGGUGCUGUUCUGAACGUCGCUGCAGCGCAGUCAAAACACAGUCAUCGACACGCAGGGUGCCCUUGUAGACUUCAUGUUGUUUUUGCUGCGACAGGUUGGCUAUCCUUAUUUUACAUGACGUAUAUAUCUCUCGCCGUCCGGCUUGAUCGUGUGCAAGUCUGUGGUCUGGUUGGUGACAUCCGCUGGUAG